AUGGGACAAUUAACUGAACAGUUUAUUCGAGCUCGUGCUAAACCAUUCAUCGUCGAAGUUGAUCAACAAACGAAUAAUACAGAACAAAGAAUAGAGACAAGUUCAAUCGUUGAUAGAGGAUCGUUACCGGAAUAUAAAAUUAUCCGUGAACCACUUGAAGGUGAUCCGGAGUUUCUAAUUAUGGAUAUUCGAUUGCCUAAAGUGAAAUCUGCUAAAACACUAACACUUGAUAUCGGUACUGAUCGUAUUGUAUUAUCGACACGCUCAAAUAUUUAUCAUUUGGAUGUAUGGUUACCGAUUGAUAUCGAUUCAGAUGAAUGCGGUGCACAAUUUGAUAAAGCUACUCAAGUCUUAACAAUCACCAUGCCUGUUCUUCAAGAUACACAAUAG